AGAGGGGAGGAAGGGGGAAGACGGGGUGGGAGGGUGGGAGAGGAAAAAAUAUCGUUGGGUAGUCACAACUCGAUGGGGGAUUACGGGUUCGGUUUACUAGUUCAGACGAAUAAUACGAACAGUAAGGUCGCCUUUCCAGUCAGGUACCAUCAGCCCCACCAGCAGCAACACAGCCAGAGCGCCACCGCUGCCGCCGGCUUCUGUAGCGCUGCUGCUGCCGCCGUCACCGGUUCGGCUUGGCUUUUCCCCGCUUCAGCCGCCCAGACCAUGCAGGAUGACCUGCUGCUGUCAGAGAAAUCCAAAUCCCAACAACAACAGCAGCAGCAGCAGCUUUCACCCAGAUUGGAUCAGGCUGCCUCUGAAGCAGUGAUACUGCCAGAAUCCCCUAAAUCCGAGGAGGAAAAUCAGAGUAUCGGCAACGGCGGCGGCGCUUCGGUGUCAACCAGUAACUGCAAGGACAAGCUGAGGAUGGAGUCGCCCAUUCUGUCCGGUUUUGAUUAUCACGAGCCUCCUUCGGGACUAGGAGGAGCGGGCACCAGCGGAGGAGCCCCGUCACUGACAUCCACGUCCUCUUUGACCGGUUUCAGCAACUGGUCAGCAGCGAUGACUCCUCCUACCAUGAGCGAAGAUAAUUUCUUCCACCAAGGAGUUCCUGCCGCCUCUCCGAACGGUACUAUGCUUUUCCAAAAUUUUCCUCACCAUGUCAGCUCCGGCUUUGGAGGCAGCUAUUCACCCCAGAUGGCUCUCUCUCAGCAUCACCACCCACACCCUCCUCCUCCCCCUCCUCACCAUCACCACCAGCAGCAGCAGAGAAGAUCUCCUGCCAGCCCACACCCAGCACCGUUCCCCCACAGAAAUGCUUUUAACCAUCUGCCUCAUCUGGUCAACAGUAUCAGUAAACCUCCUUCUCCCUGGAAUAGUUACCAAAGCCCGUCACCUUCAUCAUCCUCUUCGUCAUCUUGGAGCUCCGGCGGUGGUGUUGGUGUUUGGGGUGGCUCCCAGGGUAGAGAUCACCGCCGAGGGAUGGCUGGAGGAAUGGCAGCCCUAAACUCCAUCUCCCCAAUGAAGAAACCUUUCCCAGGCGGUCACAUCCCAGCGCAUAAAUUCUCAAGGUCCAGUACAGCAUUUCCACCCAAAUCCUGGAUGGAAGACGGUAUGCUGAGGAAUGAUAAUAUUUUGCCAUUUCAGGAUCGAACAAGAUUAUAUGACACUUUAAAUAUGCAUUCACUGGAGAGUUCACUAAUUGACAUCAUGAGAGCUGAGCAGGACCCACUAAAAGGUCGCCUAAACUACACACAUCCAGGAUCUGACAGCCCUCUUCCUAUUAAUGCAAGGACAUAUGGGCGAAGGCGAGGUCACUCAUCUCUGUUUCCAGUGGAAGAUUCCUUUCUGGAUGAUGGCCGUGGUGAUCAAUCUCUUCAUAGUGGCUUAAAUUCUCCUCAUUGCUUUCCUCACCAAAAUGGUGAACGGGUAGAACGAUAUUCCCGUAAAGUGUUUGUUGGUGGUUUACCACCUGAUAUCGAUGAAGAUGAAAUCACAGCUAGUUUCCGCCGGUUUGGUUCUUUGGUUGUUGACUGGCCUCACAAAGCAGAAAGUAAAUCCUAUUUCCCACCAAAAGGUUAUGCAUUUUUGCUGUUUCAAGAGGAGGGUUCUGUGCAAGCUUUGAUUGACGCCUGUAUUGAAGAGGAUGGCAAGCUCUACCUUUGUGUGUCAAGCCCAACCAUUAAGGAUAAGCCAGUUCAGAUACGUCCAUGGAAUCUUAAUGACAGUGACUUCGUGAUGGACGGUUCUCAGCCUCUUGACCCGAGGAAGACCAUUUUUGUAGGUGGUGUUCCCAGACCCCUGAGAGCUGUGGAGCUAGCCAUGAUCAUGGACAGACUUUAUGGUGGAGUAUGUUAUGCUGGCAUUGACACAGACCCUGAGCUCAAGUACCCAAAGGGUGCAGGGCGUGUGGCUUUCUCAAAUCAACAAAGUUACAUCGCUGCUAUCAGUGCUCGCUUUGUUCAGCUACAGCAUGGAGAUAUUGAUAAACGGGUGGAAGUGAAGCCAUAUGUCCUUGAUGAUCAACUGUGUGAUGAAUGCCAGGGUACCCGCUGUGGUGGAAAAUUUGCUCCAUUCUUCUGUGCCAAUGUCACCUGUCUGCAGUAUUACUGUGAAUAUUGCUGGGCUGCCAUACACUCGCGUGCUGGGAGAGAGUUCCACAAGCCACUGGUGAAGGAAGGAGGAGACCGUCCGCGACAGGUUCCCUUCCGGUGGAACUAAAAAAAAAAAAAAAUUUUUAAAUUAGAAUUUUUUUUUAAUAUGAUUCUAAUGGGGAGAUCAAGAGUGUUUUAGGCUCCAGACACCAGACUAACUGGGGGGAAAAAUAAGUGCAUUCUUCAUCUGCCUCAUCCCAGUUCUCAAAGUAUGUGUCUCUAAAAUUCAAUUCAGAACAAUUUGAUUCAACUAAACUUUAGUUUCAGUGCUUUGUAUAAACAACGGCUGACUGUUGAUCAGGCGAGAAGAGUUAAUAUACAUCUUAAUGGAAUAAUACAGGUUCAGUGGGCAUGAUGAUUUGUACUUCUGGGUCAUGUGCAUGCACACAGCUUGGUGCUGUACUUGAUGGGAAGUGUUGCAUUGAGGGAGCUAUGGGAUAGGGAAACCAGUUUUAAGCACCAUUUAUAGUUGAAUGGGCGGAAUCUAAACUUAAAACCAUUAAAUGUGAAGUUAUACUGCAAGCCUUUCUGUUUGGGUUUAAAUUAUAUUCUGAAGUAGGGAAAUAGCACUGUAUGAUGCAAGGAAAUCUGGAUUUGCCCUCAAAUGAUACAAUUUUCAAAAUUAAAAGACCCUUUUUCAUCAGUGUGGUUUUAAAAAGUUGUUUCUAACACACUACAAGCUUUACUAACGAUAUGAGUGUAUGGGGUACAUAACUUUGGUGUUACCCCAUCUCUUUUCCCCUCCUAAGAAAAUAGUAAGAAAAAGAGGGGUUUAGGUUGCUGCUAUGGUUGAAGUGUGCACUUAUUUCAGAAAUGUAAAACCACAAUUCUAAGAUCUGUUGCCCCUUUAAAGUUUACCAAAGUUGUUGAGAUUGACGUAAAUCUAGUUAUAGAGAGGCAUUUUCCUUGCUGGAAGAGAUUUUAUACCUUUAUUUUUUGAUGUUGCUAUUUACAAAGUUGACUUGAUCUACUAAUAUAUUGUUAUGUGUCAGCUUUUGCUCUCCAUUUUGACACACAAAAAGUAAUACCUCAAUUGUAGCCUUGAUUUAUAUUUUUUUAUUUUUAGUGAUGCUAUUUAAUUGCAAGAGACAAUAGGAGCCUUGCUGCUGUUUAGGUGGUAUGAAUCAAUACCAUUUUGUUUCCAGUAAAAUGGGAAUUAGUGAAUAACAAAAGAGAAAGCUACACUGCAAAACAACUAGAUGUAGCACAGCCUAUGGCUUCAGCUGCCUAAGAAUUUUUAUUUUUUAUUUUUAUGUGGAAUAGUAUGAAUGAUUGAAUGUUUACUUGUACACCUGUUUUGCAUGCACUAAAUAUUCAUACAUUUUCCCCAUUCUCUCCUGUACUUAAGUUCCCCCUAUUAAGUUUUUUGAAAAAGUUACAUUUUGAAAAUUUAAAUGGCAUAAAACAAAAGAAACAGCAAAAUUUGUUGCGUGUGCCAGGGUGUAUGCUUCAGUGUUACUGUAGGUUAGCACGUGGUGUCACAACACUAAAAGUGUGCACUAUGCAGGUUGGCUUUAUCUGGUGCUGCCCUUGCAGUGGGUGAGGUAGGUCGUAGACUGCAUUGAAGGAAUGAUCUCCUUUUAAUUAAUGUGUGAUUCAGCCAAAGUUGGUUAUGCAGCCGUUUUAUUACUUUUAUGUGAAAGAUGAAAGGUUAUUGCUCCUUACUCUUGCUAUUUUUUGUGAUACAAUGCAUUGCAUCUUUAAGCUCCUGCAAACCAAAGACUGGAUUAUUCACUGCUAACUUGUGACCCACAAGUAAAACACUGAAAAUAGCAGUGUAACUAUUCUUUUUGAAAUAAUAGGCUUUGCUGAAUUCAACCUAUUAAGAUCAUUAGUCAAAAUGGAGACAUUUGCUGUUAAAUCAUCAAGUUUAAUGCAUUUAAAAUUGAUCUGUGUUUUGACCACAGUGGUGACAUACUAACAGCAGCAGAGAGUUGCGAGGGUGCUUACCUUUUAGCUCGUCAGGGAUUUACUAUUAAAGUAAAGAAUAUGUAAUUCUUAGUGGCAAUGUUUAAGCUGUAGAAAGUGCUGGUUAUCAUCCUUUCUUGAUGUACUGGUGUGCUCUGGUGCCAUCCCUACCCAAUUCUGAUGUUUGUAGGUGUAGGAAUUAACAUUUUUGCAAUUUGACACUGAAAGAUAACUUUUCUACUGGUAGUUAAUUCCCUUUUUACAUAGCACAAUAUGCUUUUGAACUUUUUGGUACAUUUUUCUCUAACUUUUUUUUCUUUUUUUUAUAUACACAUACCAACAUUUGUUAUGCACUACUUUUGUAUAUCUUGUUUUUCCAACAGUGGAUAUUUUUCAGAUCACUUUUUUCACAGAUGGCAUCUCUUUUUGCAAUACCUCGAUUUUUUUUCAUAUUCUAAAGAGAGAUGAAUAGUUUUUCUAUGCUUAUUGUUCAAAGAUCUGCAAAUAUGGUUAACUUAAUUGUGCAAAGAAAUGAGUUGAAGCAAUCAGUUUUGCUUUCUUUCGUUUUAUUAUUUUUUUCCCCUUUAACAUUUGAAGGCAAGGAGAACCUUUGAAUAUCAUGAAUGUUCGGGAUCAGCAAUGCUGUUUGUUUGAAACUGCAGAGUCAUGAAGAAAAAAAACUAUAGCUAAGAAAUAUAUAACCCUCCCAGCUUCCCCAGCACCAGGUCUAGAUGUUAGUAAGUCUACAAGUAAUGAUGCAGAAAAUAUUGGGGCCUGGUUGCAAUAUAAGCCCAAUUCCCAUUGUUCAAAUGUGGAUUCCAGUUCCUUCCAAUACUACACUGUAUUUUCAACCAAAAUUCUUAAAAGCAUUUCAUUUCGACUCUUCCUCACAGUUCCUGUAUGUGUAGUACAGUAGCUGACCUGGCACAAUUUACAAUACAAAACACACACGGAACAAUUUAGCAGUAAACUUUUGACAGAUACAGAUUAUAAGGUGUUUGACGGUUNAAAAAAACAUUUACCUGUUUUUAAAUGGACAAAAUAAAAACGGUUUGAACUGCCAUUGAGUUACCUCAAUUAUAGAUAGUGGUGCAGGGCUGAAAUGAUUAAGAAAAAAAAUAAACAUGCAUGUGAACAAAAAAAAUGUAAACUUCAAACUUGUUUAUUGUGUGUUGUAAAGUUGUUUACAGGUUUAGAUUUCAUUUCUCACUUGCCCGUAGCAUGGCAAAUAUAUCCUCAUACACAGACCUCUGCAGAAUGCAUGAUUUUAAAUCUGAUCUUGUAGUUCAGGAAGGAAGGUUUUUACGAAUGCCAUUGGAAGGACUUGAUAAUUUAUUCUUUGUGUGUCUGAAUUUGAAGCAUUUCUUACAAAGUUACAGAAGACUUGAAUGUGGUAAAUUGUGGAAAUUAAUGUCAUAUUGUUAUGUGCAAUACUUUUUUUCUAACUUCUGAAAAAAUACUUUACAGUGUAAACCUUUAAUGCGAUUUUUUUUAAUUGUAAACAUUCAGAUUAAUAUGUUGUCCACAAUGUCAUUUUCUACUGUUAUUAUAUUCCCUUUUAUCUUACUGAUAUUUGUAAAGUCAGAAUAUGAUCUUUGUACUAAUAUAAAUAAUUGAAGUUAUUUUUAGAUAUGGACUAAAGGAAAUGUGCUUGUUUGCUUAUUUUUGUUACCUUACUUUAAAAGUGGCAACGACUACUUUUCUCAGCAGCAUUAUAAUAAUUGGGUCAAUAUCCUGGUCCAGCCAUUUUAUUUUUUGGUAUUUUA